UCGCGGCUCUUCGGCCAUGGUUUUCUCAAAUAAUGAUGAAGGUCUUAUUAACAAAAAGCUACCCAAAGAACUUCUCUUAAGAAUGCUGUUCAGCUUGUUGUUAAAUUUUACUUGGUCUAAUCCAGAAUGUACUAAGUAUGUACAUAGCAUUGGUCUGGAUUCUUUUUGUAAUGUGAAUAUUUUCCUUCUUGGAUAUAGUAACUUUGUGCCGAUGUGCACAGAUUUCCAAGGCUUGGAACAUCUUAGCCCUGGAUGGAAGCAACUGGCAAAGAAUAGACCUUUUUAACUUUCAAACAGACGUAGAGAAGCUAUUCACACAACACGGGACAUCUGAGGCACCCAGGCAUCCGUAAACCCGAGGACUGAGGUGCUGGAAUCCCCAGAGUAAGUGGAAGGAGGGUCGAGUGGUGGAAAAUAUCUCAAAGCGAUGUGGUGGUUUCCUGAGGAAGCUCAGCUUGCGAGGCUGCAUUGGUGUCGGGGAUUCCUCCUUGAAGACCUUUGCGCAGAACUGCCGAAACAUUGAACAUUUAAACCUCAAUGGGUGCACAAAAAUCACUGACAGUGCGUCUGCUCUUUUUCAGCACGUGUUAUAGCCUUAGCAGAUUCUGUUCCAAGCUGAAACAUCUGGAUCUGACCUCCUGUGUGUCCAUUACAAACAGCUCCUUAAAGGGGAUCAGUGAGGGCUGCCGAAACCUGGAGUACCUGAACCUCUCUUGGUGUGAUCAGAUCACGAAGGAUGGCAUUGAGGCACUGGUGCGAGGUUGUCGGGGCCUGAAAGCCCUGCUUCUCAGGGGCUGCACACAGCUAGAAGACGAAGCUCUGAAACACAUUCAGAGUUACUGCCAUGAGCUUGUGAGCCUCAAUCUACAGUCCUGCUCACGCAUUACGGAUGAAGGUGUGGUGCAGAUAUGCAGGGGCUGCCACCGGCUGCAGGCCCUCUGCCUUUCUGGCUGCAGCAACCUCACAGAUGCCUCUCUCACAGCCCUGGCUUUGAACUGCCCAAGACUUCAGAUUUUGGAGGCUGCCCGAUGUUCCCAUUUGACUGACGCAGGCUUUACACUUUUAGCUCGGAACUGCCAUGACCUGGAAAAGAUGGAUCUUGAGGAAUGCAUUCUGAUAACCGACAGCACGCUCAUCCAGCUCUCCAUUCACUGUCCUAAACUGCAAGCCCUGAGUCUGUCCCACUGUGAGCUCAUCACAGAUGAUGGGAUCCUGCACCUGAGCAACAGCACCUGUGGCCACGAGAGGCUGCGGGUACUGGAAUUGGACAACUGCCUCCUCAUCACCGACGUGGCCCUGGAGCACCUGGAGAACUGCCGUGGCCUGGAGCGCCUUGAGCUCUACGACUGCCAGCAGGUUACCCGCGCAGGCAUCAAGCGGAUGCGGGCUCAGCUCCCUCAUGUCAAAGUCCAUGCCUACUUCGCUCCUGUCACCCCACCGACAGCAGUAGGAGGAAGUGGACAGCGACUAUGCAGGUGCUGUGUCAUUCUCUGACAGCAGCUGCCCGGGGCCCAAGGCAUGAGGAGGUGUCCCUUCCUCCAGAGAAGACCCACGUCUUCCUGACCUACUCCACUGUCACCCAAAUCUGUUGAUUCUCCAUUGGGAAAGGCAUUUACAGGUAAAAGACUUCUGUAGGGAUUGCAGUAACUCUGGUGAUAGUUUUCACCUUUAUUCUGCUGUGAUGCAAUCAAAUCAAAGCUUGUGUCAGUUGACACAUGGCAAGGGUGGUCUCAGUGCAGCCAGGACCACACAGGAGACCCCGAUCUUUUAAAAGGUGGGUGCCUUCCUAGGUACAAAAGUCCUUCCCUCGUCUUUGUCAGCAUCCCUCAAAACAGACCAUCAGUGUUAGCACAAAUUGAGCAGAAAAAACAAGCUGUUGCUUUUCUACUUGAUACUUAAGCCAGUGGCCUACUUUCACACCAAUUCCAUUUUGAUUAGCAGGACUUUUCCACUUUGAAGAUUAAACAGCAGCUUUAUCAAAGUGAUUGUACUGCAAAUUCAUAAUGCCUGAUAGUUUUACAUGUAGAGCUUUAUGUGGAAGGCAAAUAGGUUUCCAUGAGACACCAAAGAAGCGAGCACUCUAAAUUGGAUGGAGCAGGGUCUUCACCUUUCUGUCAACUUGUCAUAUAUACUUUCGGGGACCAAAAACUAAACAAAAGCAACUCAGAGUUUGUGUUGCCUGACUGGAAAUCAUAAGCUCUGGAGUAUGCUAUAGCACAUAAUGCAUUUUUGUUAUAGGAGAAAAGCUAAUCAUGUCAUCUCUCACAAAAUUUGGGGGACCUUAAAGAAGUAGACCUGAUUAAGGCUUAAAUUAUCUAUAAUAUAAUCAAUUAAAAAUAAUGAAUGGAUGCAUGUAGAAUGGGUGUGAUUUUUUUUCCAAGUUUAUUUUAAAAUCUUAGGAAUCAGGUUACACCAGAACUAUGUAAAAAUUUUACACACUUAAAACUCAGAUCAGUAAAGUGUUGGCACCUUUUAGACUCAUAGUAUAAAAAUGAAGAAACCAUUCCAAUGCUUAAGUCAGUGGGUUUUUAUUGCUAUAAUCUUAUGGCAGACAAAUGUGAGCAAAACCAUUUUUGAAAUUCAUACCAUCCUAAUAUUAUCUAAAAUCUCAUAAGAGUUUCUGCUCUGUGCUGUUCACAUUUGUGAUCUGCAUUAAGAUUAGGAACCCAUCCCCACCUUCACUGUGAAUUUGUGUGUUAAUGGUCGCCAACCCUUCCCAGCAACCACUCCCCAAACUGAGGAGUCCAGAGCUCAUGAGAAGCUGAAGUGAAGCAGCAAAAACGAGAUGUUUUCCCAUGACUAGCAAUACUUCUAUCAGAUGGACAGUUUUAGAAGCAUUUAGGAUACACUGCCUCAGCUACAUUUUAGGAAGAGAAGGCAGAUACGUACAGAACCCCGUAAGUCGAUUUAACAGGAUUACUGGAAUAAGCAUUAAAAGUCCUGAUGAUUUUAUUGCCUUAUGAUAUACUCCAGUAUUCCCUGGUCUAAAAAUUGUGUGUAACCAUAGCAGUUAUUUAAAUAUACAUUUAUACCACUGUGUGGAGGAAAAGAUGAUUGAUGCAGGAAGCUGUUUAAAUAAACAAAGGAGCAUAUUACACAGACUUGCUUCAGUGAUUAUGAAUUGCAGUUUCUAUUUAAAAAUUUAAAUGACCAGGGCCUUCCAUUCAUUAUCUCUUUUGAGCCAGGACACAACCUAUCACAGCUCCUGGACUGGCUGCUCAAUGUCCCAUAACCUCAUUUACAAAACAG